UCCCCCCUAUUCCUACCGCUUCCCUACUUCCCUUGACGACGCUGCCGCACUCCGCGGACCGGCUCUUUUCCACCCCUCUCCCCAACUCCUGUUGUUAUUAUUACUACUAUUAAUUACCACCACCACUGCGGCCGCUCCUGACGGCGAGGCAAGCAUGCUCCUGAGGCUGCUCUCCCUGCUGCUGGCAGCCGAGCUGCACCGCGCUCUGGCCCAGCCGCCGGCACCUGCUGCCGCCGUAGCGCCGCCACCCCCCGCCGUCUCCCCGCACCCGCCGCCCCGGGCCCGGCCCGGCCCUCCCCCCGGGCCGCCCCACGGGGCCAGCGGCGUCGUGCAGCGCCUCGACCCGACCUACGCGGGGGGCGGCAAGGCGGGAUACGUCCUCUACGCGGGGGGUCAGCGCUUCCUCCUCGACCUGGAGCGCGACGGGGCGGUGGGGCCGCGGGACGGCGCGCCCCCGCGCUGCUACUACCGCGGCACGGUGGACGGCAGCCCGCGCUCCCUGGCCGUCUUCAACCUCUGCGGCGGCCUCGACGGCUUCUUCGCCGUGGGCCGCUCCCGCUACACCGUGAAGCCGACUCGGCGCGGCCGGGAGACGGCCGGCGCGCACAUCUACGGGGAGGGCCCGGCCCGCGCUCCGCACCUCUUCCGCAGGGAGCGCUUCAGCUUCGAGACGGUGCCGGCCCGCACCAGCUGCGAGACCCGCGACCCGGCCGGGACAGCGCUGUCGGAGAACGGGCGACGGCGGCGGAGGAGGCGUCGCUCCGUCUCCCGGGCCCGGCAGGUGGAGCUGCUGCUGGUGGCCGACGCCUCCAUGGUCCGCAAGUACGGGAAGGGGCUGCAGCACUACCUGCUCACCUUGGCCUCCAUCGCCUCCCGGCUCUACGCCCAUGCCAGUCUGGAGAACCACGUCCGCCUGGCGGUGGUGAAGGUGGUGGCCCUCGGCGAGAAGGAGAAGGGGCUGGAGGUCAACAGGAACGCUGCCACCACUCUUAAGAACUUCUGCAAGUGGCAACACCAGCACAACCGCCUCGAUGAUGACCAUGAUGAGCACUACGAUGCAGCCAUCCUCUUCACCCGUGAGGAUUUAUGUGGGCAUCAUUCAUGUGAUACUCUGGGAAUGGCAGACGUUGGGACCAUAUGCUCUCCUGAGCGCAGCUGUGCGGUGAUUGAAGAUGACGGCCUCCAUGCAGCUUUUACAGUGGCUCACGAAAUUGGGCACUUGCUUGGGCUUUCCCAUGAUGAUUCCAAAUUUUGUGAGGAGAACUUUGGCUCCAUGGAAGAUAAGCGUCUGAUGUCCUCCAUUCUGACUAGCAUCGAUGCCUCAAAACCCUGGUCCAAAUGCACUUCAGCAACUAUAACAGAGUUUUUUGAUGAUGGUCAUGGUAACUGUUUGCUGGACCAACCAAGAAAGCACAUUGUGGGCCCUGAGGAGCUGCCGGGACAAACGUAUGAUGCCAUUCAUCAGUGCAAACUGGCGUUUGGACCCGAAUACACAGUGUGUCCCGGUAUGGAUGUCUGCUCUCGCCUCUGGUGUGCAGUCGUGCGCCAGGGUCAGAUGGUUUGUCUGACCAAGAAGCUGCCUGCUGUGGAGGGAACACCAUGUGGAAAAGGGAGGAUCUGCCUACAGGGAAAAUGUGUUGACAAAACCAAGAAGAAAUACUACUCAGCUUCAAGCCAUGGUAACUGGGGGUCCUGGGGACCUUGGGGACAGUGCUCUCGUACCUGUGGUGGAGGAGUUCAGUUUGCUUAUCGUCACUGCAAUAAUCCAGCUCCUAGAAACAACGGCCGGUACUGCACUGGCAAGAGGGCCAUCUACCGCUCCUGCAACGUCACACCCUGCCCAGCAAAUGCUAAAUCUUUUCGACAAGAGCAGUGUGAAGCAAGGAAUGGCUAUCAGUCUGAUGCAAAGGGAGUCAAGACAUUUGUUGAAUGGGUCCCCAAGUACGCUGGAGUUCUUCCUGGAGACGUUUGCAAGCUCACCUGCCGAGCCAAGGGAACUGGAUAUUAUGUGGUCUUUUCUCAGAAGGUAACUGAUGGUACUGAAUGUCGACCGUAUAGUAAUUCAAUCUGUGUUCGGGGAAAAUGCAUCCGAACUGGUUGCGAUGGCAUCAUCGGUUCAAAGCUCCAGUAUGACAAAUGUGGUGUGUGUGGAGGAGACAAUUCCAGCUGCACAAAAAUCAUGGGAACCUUUACCAAAAGGAGCAAGGGCUACACAGAUGUAGUGAAAAUCCCGGAAGGGGCAACCCACAUCAAAGUUCGGCAGUUCAAGACUAAGGACCAGAGUAGGUUCACUGCCUACCUGGCCCUGAAAAAGAAAAAUGGUGAGUACCUUGUCAAUGGAAAAUACAUGAUCUCCACUUCAGAAACAAUCAUUGAUAUCAACGGGACUGUCAUGAACUACAGUGGCUGGAGUCACAAAGACGAUUUCUUGCACACAAUGGGACACUCUGCAACAAAAGAGAUUCUUAUCGUGCAGAUACUUGCGACUGAUCCAACUCAACACGUGGAUGUCCGUUAUAGUUUCUUCGUGCCAAAGAAGCAAGAGCAAAUGACUAACUCUGUCACCAGCAGUGGCAGCAGCAGCAAAGUACCUCCACAGCUCAUGCAACCCCGCUGGGUUACAGGGCCGUGGCUUUCUUGUUCUCGAACAUGUGACACAGGAUGGCACACCAGGACUGUCCAGUGCAAAGAUGGGCAUGGAAAACUAGCUAAGGGAUGUCUUCUCUCCCAGAGACCAUCAGCAUUUAAACAGUGCUUGUUGAAAAAGUGUUAACCUGUGGUUAUGAUCUUCUUUACAAGAGGUUUGAUUAAGCCAUUGUUGACAUACUGGUAUUAGGUCUGCCCAGACAGAGAGAAGCAAAGGCUUCAAUGUACUUACAUAGUCUCAAAUUAUGGGCAGAAUCUGCCUAUUUGGACCAAAUGGAGAUGUGCACUGCUUUAAAUAAUGUAGGGUUAUCUUAAUAUGUCAAAAAACUAAGUAUCAAAGUUGUUACAAGCCCUCUGUGUCUGCAAAAAUCCAAAAUAAAAUAAUGAGAAAGAAGAAAAACUAGUGAAUGGAGGAUCCUGGGAUAUUUGAAGGUUACAAAAUCAUCUCCCCUCUUUCACCUACCUCUAAUACAGUAUAUCCUUUAAAAAUGUCACAUGUACCCAUGAUACCAGAGUAGCUUAUUUUAUACUGUUUUGUAAAUAUCUUUCAUUUGGUAUGUCACUUUAUAUCACUUGGUUCUAUUAAAAGAUCAAAAGACAAUAAGCAAAGUAAUUGACCAAAGUAUAUCUGAAGCCCUUGGUCCAUUCUUCAGAAAGGGCUGCAGAUGUUUUACUGGAAAAUGAAGAGCUUGCUACUGGUUUUAAAAAGCUACAUCUUUUGGUUUUGACAAAAGGAAACACAUUUUCAUGCUAGGAGUUUCCUGGCAGCAGAUCAUUAUUCUGUGACAAAUACUGUGUUUCCACUGACAAUUCUCAGAAGGAGCACUGCAGCAGCUUGCAGACCAGGGACAGGGAUCCCCACAUGUGCAUUGCUCCAAUACCAGCACCAUCAGCAACUCCUCACCGUGUGUAUGUCAGACACACCAACGAGGAGGAUUUGGCUGCUAGGGGGGAUUUGUGUGCACUUUGCUUGUACACCUUGCACUGGUUCUGGCUGUGUCACUGCUUGGGGUCCUUGUUGUCAAUGAACAAUAGCUGCUAGUUUCUUCUUUCAAUAAAACAAAGGCAUACUGUAUUUUGUAGAAACUAGUUAGAGAACCAAAAAUUACAGGUAAAAUAAUCAAGUGUCUUCUAACUCAGAUAUUCUGAGGCUGUGUUCAACUGCUUUCUCUGUUAUUUUCACUAUGGCUUCCACCUUGAAUCUAACAAUGUGUAAUAUAACGACAUCUUUUUAAGAGGCUAUGAAAGUCAGAAAAAACAGCAAGCAGUUAAUAUUUUAUCACUGUUUUGUCCAUCGUGUCUAACUCUGGUAUUCAUCUUACCAGCAAAAGUUUGUAACUAUUUGUCUUUUUGAUUGUUUUUGUGUGUGUUCGGGGUUUUUUUAAAGCUAUAGAAGGCAUUCAUGUUUUGUAUAUCUACCACAUUUGAAAGCAAAAGGGAUCACUAGGAAGUCAAACCACAUCAGGAUGUGGAGGACUUGCCCAAUAUCAAUAAAACUGUUUCCACAGUACAGGCAUUAGCAGGUAAUAGUUUUCAUUGGCAGCAACUUCUGAAUCCCAUUAUUGUCUGGUAGAAGUUCUGUGACUGAGGAUGGGCAUUUCACUGUAUGCAGGUGGCAGGAGGAGACCCGAUAGCAAGCCUGCUAAAAUUAACUUGCUCUUCUAUCAGCAGGCUUUGAAUUAAGCCCUAGAAUAACAGUACCAAAAGCAGCGGUUCAAAUAUGCUGAUAAAAAUAGAAUUCCAUCUUUUAUUUCUUUGAUCAUCCGCACAGGAUAGUACGAGGCUGCAGGAGGAUUGUCAGACAAGCCUUACAGCUGUAAGUCACCGGUACUUGAGCACUGAAAUACCCCAGGGUCUUCUGAAAAUCCCAGUCAUGAAAUCAGUAGAGAAAACGUUGGCCUCUGUAGCAAGAAGGGCAGGUCUGACUCAGGCUGACACAAACAUGUUUUUGUAACAGCAGCGUGUUUUUAUGAACUCUUAGAAAGCAUGUGAUGGUUUCGAAACAUCGUUGCUACAUCUACAAGUGUGAAACCUGGAGAAGCAUUUAUUUUUGUACUGUGUUCUAAAUAAACAAUAAUAGGGGCAGGGCCUCUUCCUCUGUCAAAAUGAAUUACCAGCGAUUGCUACUAGUCAUCUUCAGCUUUCAGA